CUGUGUUUACUCUGUCGGGUUAGAGCUGGCGCUGCCUCUGCUUUCCAGCCGUCGAGUCUUGGCAGACGUCUCGGCCACAGCACCCUUCCUGUGGCCUUCUCUACGGUUGUGAUUGUUUUCUCGUUGUUGGUAAUUUGUCAGAUUCAUCGAGAAACAUCACUUGAGAAGCAGUCGUGGGCGGGCACAGAAGCUACGGCCUCCAGCGUUUUGGCAAAUUGAACACAGGUGCCGUUGAUUGGCCUCAUUUUCACAACUUUUCAGCUCAGAAUUGCUGUGAGUCCAAGGAGUUUUGUCGUUGAUUUCAUGAGGCUUUUUCUGUAACUAACGCAUUUUGAAAAAUGGGCUUCCCAUUGUAAUCGAGAACUUGAGGCUUUUCGAUCGUUAAACACACUCUGACAUAAUGUGCUGAGUGAUGAGAAUGCAAAUAGGAAGAAAUCAGUAGGGAUGAAGUUGGAAAUAUAGCUCAUUUAGUCUUUGUCUUGGAAAGACAUCUUAUCUGUAGUCAUAGUAAUGGUGGCCGAAGUUCGAAUGGUACUUUAUGAAGAUGACUCCGUGCAAGUACAAUAUGUUGAUGGUUCCAAAUUGCAGCUUUCUCCCUGUGGUUCUGAAUUUUUAUUUGAAAAGGCACCUCCUGUUUCAGCACAUCCUUUAGAGCAACCAGAAAGAAUUCGUCAAAGGACGCAGUUUGUUAUUAGCACUUACCGAGAGCAACUACAACGAGCCCUAGAUUUUCGAAAUUCUUCUGCCACUUUCCCUUUUCUUUCUGAAAGUAUCAUAGCUUCUGAAAGAAAAAAGCGAAUCUUCGUUGAAAUCUCAGAAGUGAGAUGGCCCAUUCUCGAUACUGAUGAUGCCAUGAUACGUAUGGAGAGUGGCACCGUGAAGAUCUCAUCUUUAGAUGGUCACGCGUACCUUUGCCUGCCCGAAGCUCAGCAUGAGUUUACAGUACAUUUUUUGUGUAAAGUUAGCCAGAAGCCAGACUCAUCUGUAGUGUUGUCAGAAAAAAAUAAUCAAGCCAAAAGGGGCAAACUAUUUGAAAAAGCAGACAAAAACUGUACUUUUGGAAGUUUAUCAGGACAGAAACUAAAGAAUAAAGAAAAUGAACUUUAUUGCCAUAGCAUGAAAUCUGAAGAACCUUCGGAGAAGAAGAGUUGUGUAAAUGGAACUGAAGGGAGAGAGAAGCUGCCCGUACUUGGUACAAAACACACUUGUGUAUACACAUGGGUAAAUCAGCACUGGUCUGUGGCCUCCUGUCCAGAGGAAUGGAAAUACCCUUUGUCUUUAGCAAUUAAUUUUCAUAAUAAAAUCAGUGAAAUGUCUAAAAUUGAUGCAGAUACCACCCAGAAUAGAGUUUUAACUCCUGAUGUUUCAGAAGAAAGAGAAGAGAUUUCUGUUCUUCCCAAGGCCUUGUUACUCAGCUGUCCUGUCCCACACCUGCACAGGUGGUAUUUCUGUGAUUCAUCUUUACAGAGACAGUUUGAUGAAGAAUAUUCCUAUCCUGAACUAGUGAAAGUGGUUUGGUACAAGGGUGUUACAUAUAGACUUACCCAUAAAAAUGUGAACUCAAUAGAGAUUUAUCCUGGAGAUGGAUCUGUUUUCAAAUCAAAAGGAACUUAUUUUGGGAAAUAUUUUACAUAUUAUCCCAUCCAAGAAGGAUCAGAAGAGAGAAAAGAGAAAACUUACUCAAUAAAUAACCUUCCUCCAGAUAGACCUGGAAGUCUGUUCUCUGUGUGUUCUUUACUUAAACAGGCAACAAGAAUUCUUCAACAUUGUGCCAAGAUAAGGCUUUCUUUAAGCCAUAACUAUCAUAUAUGCUGCUGGAAAAUGGUACCUGGGAUAAAUGAUAACAAUAUACUGCCUUUGCUUUUGAGAGAAUCCCUCAUACCCAGUGUGGGAAGAUUUCUUGCAUACUCUGAUGACAAAGUGCAUGCUGUCUUUUUAGAUGGGAUUACCCUAACCUUAAAUUGGAAUUUCAGCUUUUUCACUGAAAAGAGACAGGUAAAUCAAAGUCUCAGCUUAGGUUGGUGUAAGUUAACUUUCCCCGAUGGACAAGAUAAGCUAAUUCAAAUUGAACACCCUGGACGAUAUGAAAGAUAUGUGACAACAGUAAUAUCAUGGUGUAGAAAACUGACCCAGGCCAGUCUGAAAGAGAUGCCCACACAUCCUUCAUCUUCUGUUCUUGAAGAAAAUUGGUCUGUUGCUUCUGAACUUGAAAAGAUACAGAAGUUUAACUUGUUACUGGAGAAUAGUGAUGUCCUAAACCAGAUUUCUAACAAGAAAAACCAGCAGUCUUCUGAUCAUUGCAAACCAAAAUCUUCUGAAACCUUGCUAGAAGUUAAUGAAAAGAGCGUAUUAGUAGCAUUGAAAAAAACCUCUGAAAUUCUUCAAGAUAUUGACCAUCUUCUGUCAAAGUCUAAAAAGUGAAAAAUGGAAUUAUUAUAACAUGUCAUUAAGCCUUAAGGAUGUUGUUUCAAGUGACUGAUAAAAAGAAUCACUACUAAUCCAAGAAGUUGUAUAUAGUAUUUCUGUACAACGAUUGUAUUAAGAAUUGACAUGUAACUUUGGAGGCAAUUUACCUAACUUGUAAAUUUUAAAAUAUAUAUUUAUAUUUUAUUAAUAAAGAACUAUUUUGAAAAUUUUGAACUAUUAUUUCAGAUUUGUGAGAAAAAAAUCCACAAAGUUUGUUUUUACCUUAUAGAACACUGACUAUUAAUCUGCAGGUUUUGUUUGUUUUUUAAUAUGCAGGAUUAUAAGUUUGGUAAUUUUCUAUUUAGUUGUUCUACUCCAAGUAUUGUUUGAUAGAACUAUGAGAUGAGAAAUAGAUCUUAUAAAAAUAACAACGACAAAAAACCUUAUCUAAGCAAUACUGUUGCAAACUGAGAAUUGUGUACUUCAGCAAAGAUUAAAUUUUGUCAGAACUGUCUGAUGAACCAGGUAGUUUCAUCUUUUGAACAUAUGAAAAGAUAUGUGCCGCAAAGUGUGUGAAACUAAGAAAGGGGCUCAUCAAAAGCAUUAUAUAUAUUAUAACAAAACCAUACAGCUAAACAAAACCACACAGCUAAAAAAACUUAAAGAUUACACUAAAUACAACCAGAAAUGUUCAGGUAACUUCUGAUUUCUAUAAAAGACCAACCUCUUCACAUAAAAGGAAGCGGCAGAGAAAAAUGGACAAUAAAAGCAGAGUACAGUAGAUAGGAGUAAUGUCAGUUAUUUGAAUGUGCACAAUACUCUCUUCAGCUUCUCUCACACUGGGCUCUUCCCUACCCUUCAGGUCUCAACACAAAUAUCACCACCUCAGAGGGGCCUCCUUGACUACCCUGUCUAAAGUUGGCCUCUCCCAGUUAUUCUCUAUUAUAUCACCCUAUUUAUUUCCUUUAACAGCACUUACUACUGUCUAGCUUAUUUCUUUAUGGUCUAUAGCUCCCACUAGAACUUGAUGUUCAUAAAGUUAUUCUGUAGCCUCAGUGCCAAGCAUAGUGCUAGGCACAGUGAGAGCACUCAGUAUGUGUUGUAUAAAUUAAUCAGUGCCUUUAGGUAGUAGACCGAUUACAGAAAAAACUUGUAAAUAUUUUGUACUGUUUUGGUUGCAGGAAGCCAUUUAUGUUGUCCCUCAGUAGCUCUAGAAGGCCUAGGCUGUGAUAAGACAUAUACCCUAGAAGGUCAAUGGCAAACCGUUACUGCCUUCAGACAGAAAAUGUGUCAUCUUUCUAUACUUGACAGCACUCAAUUGUUAAUGUAUUUGGUGACAGUUAUUUUUAAUUACCUUUUAAAUUCUGUGGGUUAAAAUGUGUAUAAUUUUUCCUCCUCAACUGAGUCUUCAUUGGCCAUGAAUUGAGUGUGACAGGCAAUGAAAAAUUAUAUGAUUGAGAAACUGAGCCACACUCAGCAUCUAUGUGAGUAGCCUAGGAGUUGGUUUGUGAUUGACGAUUACAAUUUUCUAUGAUCUCUUUCAACUAUAUAACUAAUAUGAUCUCACUGCUGCCCUUGCUUCUACCUGACACUUGUUUCGGGAGACUGUAGGUGGGAAGGAGAAAGAAUGUUCCUCUUUGGGCCUCCUCUUAUGGGCCAGUGUUUCCUAGAGCCAAAAGCCAAGCUAGACCUCUGCUCUCUGCUAAGACAGCACCCACCAUCCCGAGACAGGGGGAACGGGACCUGGCCAAAGUCCCAGUAAACAGGCUGCAUCUUGUGAGUCCAGUUAAUUAACUGGAGUCGUUUUUUCGACUGCGCAUUUAGUCAUGAUUAACUGUUCUAGCCCGUGUCACUGCUAUCCACAAAGAAGAGUAGCCCCCCACGUACAUAGUGGCAAAGAAUAAUUAUCAAGAGAUCCCCAAGGGGGCGGUAAAGCGCUACAGAAGAGCGUCAGGUCUGCAACAUCGCGCAGUCUCACCGUCCUGUGAGAAACUCUCCGACGCCCACACUGAAGUAUCCAUUGAAGGAAGGCGGAAAAAUCUGAACACCCUCGUGACACACGACGGCGGUGACUCCUAGCUCAAGCGUCUGGGGGAUAAGGCCUGUACGUCCCGCAUUCGGUGAGGCCACUUCUCCGUCCCCAGCUUCCCAGUCACCGCUUGAGUACGUCUUGGGGGUGUCAACGGCUAUGUCUGUGACAUGGCGCCGGCUACGCCGAGAAACUAAUCCUCAGAUUUGACAGAAGGAAACCAACAAGGCACUUUUCAGAUCCCACCCAGUCGUUCCAAAGGUCUCCUUUUCUAGGCAGGGCCGGGGAGAACUCGAGGUACCCACUCGCGCGACCAGAAAGCACUCAAGUAUCGCCUUCCCUCG